AUGUCCGAUUCACAACAAUCGAUUACUGUUCUAGAAGAGCUUUUCAAAAAGUUGGAAAUCGCCACAUCUGAGACAAGAGACGGCAUUUCGUCAGAGCUUUCCUCGUUUCUAAACGGGAAUAUCAUCGAGCAUGACGUCCCAGAAGUUUUUUUUGAAAAAUUCCAAAAAGCUAUCCAAAGUAAACAAAAGGCGCUCAAUACGUUGAGUGCUAUUGCUUAUAUAGCAAAUGAAACGAACCUAUCACCCUCUGUUGAGCCAUACAUAGUUGCUACGGUUCCUUCUGUUUGCACUAAAGCGGGUAGUAAGGACAAUGACGUUCAACUUGUCGCAACAAAGGCCCUGAAGGCCAUUGCUAGCGCUGUUAACCCAGUUGCCGUUAAAGCGUUCUUGCCUCAUUUGAUUCAUGCCCUGGAAACCACCAAUAAGUGGAAAGAAAAAGUCGCUGUCCUCGAAGUAAUUUCGACGUUGGUAGAUGCCGCCAAAGAACAGAUUGCCCUAAGAAUGCCCGAACUAAUUCCGGUUCUUUCUGAAUCGAUGUGGGACACCAAGAAAGAAGUUAAGGAAACUGCAACGGCAACUAUCACAAAGGCCACUGAAACUGUUGAUAAUAAGGAUAUCGAGAGAUUUAUUCCAAAAUUGAUCGAAUGUAUAGCAAACCCAAAUGAAGUGCCUGAAACUGUUCACUUGUUGGGUGCAACCACUUUUGUUGCUGAAGUGACUCCAGCAACUUUGUCUAUUAUGGUUCCCCUAUUGGGCAGAGGGUUAGCGGAGAGGGAAACUUCUAUAAAACGUAAAUCAGCCGUUAUUAUUGAUAAUAUGUGUAAAUUGGUUGAAGACCCCCAAGUUGUUGCCCCCUUUUUGGGAAAACUACUGCCAGGGCUGAAAAACAAUUUUGCUACCAUUGCUGAUCCUGAGGCUCGAGAAGUUACUCUAAGGGCUUUGAAAACCUUGAGGCGCGUGGGUAAUGUUGAGGAAGAUGAUGUGCUACCGGAAAUAUCACAUGCUGGCGAUGUCUCCACAACAUUAGGCGUAAUUAUGGAAUUACUGAAGCAUGAAAAAGUUGCCCCAAGAUUCAUCAUUGUUGUUGAAUAUAUAGCUGCCAUUGCCGCAAAUUUGAUUGACGAAAGGAUUAUUGAUCAGCAGACGUGGUUCACACAUGUUACACCUUAUAUGACUAUAUUCUUGCAUGAAAAAACAGCCAAGGAAAUACUAGACGAAUUCAGAAAAAGAGCCGUAGAUAACAUUCCAAUCGGACCAAAUUUUCAAGAUGAAGAGGAUGAAGGUGAAGAUUUAUGUAAUUGUGAAUUCUCCUUGGCAUAUGGUGCUAAGAUCUUACUGAACAAAACUCAGUUGAGGUUAAAGAGAAGUAGAAGAUACGGUCUAUGUGGUCCAAACGGUGCUGGAAAAUCCACUUUAAUGCGUUCUAUUGCUAACGGCCAGGUUGACGGAUUUCCCUCUCAAGAUGAAUGUCGUACUGUUUAUGUGGAACACGAUAUCGAUAAUACUCAUUCUGAAAUGUCCGUUUUGGAUUUUGUAUACGCUGGUGAUGUAGGGACCAAGGAUGUCAUCAUCUCGAAACUAAAGGAGUUUGGGUUCAGCGCUGAAAUGAUAAAAAUGCCAAUUGCAUCUUUAUCCGGAGGUUGGAAAAUGAAAUUAGCUUUGGCAAGAGCUGUGCUGAGAAAUGCCGACAUUCUACUACUGGAUGAACCAACAAACCAUUUGGACACUGUUAAUGUGCAAUGGCUAGUGAAUUAUUUAAACAAUUGCGGAAUUACGUCAGUGAUUGUUUCUCAUGAUUCUGGCUUCCUGGAUAAAGUUUGUCAAUAUAUCAUACACUAUGAAGGUCUUAAAUUAAGAAAGUACAAGGGUAAUUUAUCAGAAUUUGUUUUAAAAUGUCCUACAGCACAAUCGUACUAUGAAUUGGGUGCUUCUGACCUAGAAUUUCAAUUUCCAACUCCCGGUUAUCUAGAAGGUGUCAAAACAAAGCAAAAGGCAAUUGUUAAAGUAAGCAAUAUGACCUUCCAAUACCCGGGGACAACUCAACCACAAGUUUCGGAUGUUACUUUUCAAUGUUCUCUAUCUUCGAGAAUUGCGGUUAUUGGACCUAAUGGGGCUGGUAAGUCUACUUUAAUCAAUGUUCUUACUGGUGAACUCUUACCAACAAGUGGUGAAGUAUAUACACACGAAAAUUGUCGUAUCGCUUAUAUUAAGCAGCACGCUUUUGCACAUAUUGAAUCGCAUCUGGAUAAAACCCCAUCAGAAUAUAUUCAAUGGAGAUUCCAAACCGGUGAAGAUAGGGAGACGAUGGAUAGAGCUAAUAGGCAAAUAAAUGAAAACGACGCAGAAGCUAUGAAUAGAAUCUUCAAAAUUGAGGGGACCCCAAGAAGAGUUGCAGGAAUUCAUUCAAGAAGAAAAUUCAAGAACACGUAUGAGUACGAGUGCUCGUUUUUGUUGGGUGAAAACAUCGGUAUGAAAUCUGAGAGAUGGGUUCCGAUGAUGUCCGUCGACAAUACUUGGUUACCAAGAGGCGAAUUGGUGGAAUCCCAUUCCAAAAUGGUUGCUGAAGUUGAUAUGAAAGAAGCCCUUGCAUCUGGUCAGUUUAGGGCUUUAACUAGAAAAGAGAUUGAGUCACAUUGUGCUAUGUUAGGUUUGGAUGCCGAAUUAGUUUCCCAUUCUAGAAUUAGAGGCUUGUCAGGUGGACAAAAGGUUAAACUAGUACUUGCUGCUUGUACAUGGCAAAGACCACAUUUGAUUGUUUUAGAUGAGCCUACCAAUUAUUUGGACAGAGAUUCAUUAGGUGCUCUUUCAAAAGCUUUGAAAGCUUUUGAAGGUGGUGUUAUUAUCAUAACGCAUUCGGCGGAAUUUACCAAGAAUUUAACUGAUGAAGUUUGGGCAGUUAAGGAUGGUAAGAUGACACCCUCAGGUCAUAACUGGGUCGCAGGACAAGGCGCUGGCACAAGGAUUGAGAAAAAAGAGGAAGAGGGUGAUAAAUUUGAUGCGAUGGGCAACAAAAUUAAUAGUGGAAAGAAGAAAAGUAAGCUUUCUUCUGCAGAAUUGAGAAAGAAGAAGAAGGAAAGAAUGAAGAAAAAGAAGGAAAUGGGUGAUGAAUACGUUUCAUCUGAUGAAGGCAUUUGA